AUGAUGGUAUCUAAGAUGCCUACUGAUACAGGCGUGACAAACAAAACCUCCGGCAAGGUGAUGGUGCUCAAAAUGAACCAACAACGCGCUAAUAGGCCUAACAUGCUUCGGGAAGUGCAGCUCAUGAACAAACUAAAGCAUCCGAACAUACUCGGUUUCAUGGGCGUUUGCGUGCACGAAGGCCAGCUCCAUGCGCUAACAGAGUACAUGGAAGGUGGUUCUUUGGAACAGCUUAUCCUAAGCCGGCCGCCGGAACCGUUGCCGCAGCCGCUGAGGAUCUCCCUGGCGGCGGACGUUGCUGAUGGCAUGAUGUACCUGCACUCCCUUGGUGUUUUCCAUAGGGAUCUUACUACUAAGAAUGUAUUAUUAAGGAAAUAUGGUGACGGUGACUUUAUGGCAGUUGUCGCUGAUUUCGGACUAGCAGCUAGAAUACCUCAUCCUGUAAACGGUUACAGGCUACCGAGUGUGGGCUCCCCGUGGUGGAUGUCGCCCGAGUGCCUGCGCGGGCGGUGGUACGACAACCGCUCGGACAUUUUCUCCUAUGGAAUCAUUUUGUGCCAACUCAUCGCCAGGGUGGAUGCCGAUCCAGACGUCCUGCCUCGCACGGACAACUUCGGCCUCAACUACAUGGCGUUCGUGGAACUUUGCGACGAAGACACCGUACCGGACUUCCUCAGGCUAGCGUUUAACUGCUGCAUUUACGAGCCAAAAGCGCGUCCGCUAUUCCCAGAAAUAGUGAAUAAAUUGGCAGAAAUAAAGGAGAGCUUGGAUGACGCGCCCUGGGGCUCCCAUAGCACUCUCAACAACUAUGACAGUGAAGAAGCUGAUUCAUCAGGUCCACGCUCGUGUCCCGGGUUGUAUGCCUGGCGACGUCCACUACGAUACAAGUCGGAGGGCAGUCCGCGACGUCACGAUCACGACCAAUUACAACACCGCCGCUCACUAUCAGAGCUGGAGUGGGGCGCGGCGGGGUGGGAGGGCGCGGGGCGGGGCGCGGCGCACCGCUCCGUGUGGGCGCUCGGCGCGGGCCCCCCCGCCGCCUCCGCCGCCGCGCCCCCGCGCCUCGCGCGCCUGCACCGCCUCGCGCACAUCAUGCUGCUGCGCGACGCGCACGCCGCCCCCGCCCCGGCGCGCCGCGCGCUCCACACCUUCCGCGGGGUCAAGAAGAUCCUGGAGCCGGGCCCGGGCUCCGUCUCCUGCGCCGAGCUGGCCUCGCCGCCUCGCGCCGCGUCCCGCGCUCUCGACGUGAUGUCCGACGACGAGCCUCGCGCCGCAUCGAUGCCGUCCUCCCCGGCCCUCUCGCGAAGAAACAGUCUGGACGCGCGGCCGCGGCCCGACCUACGGCGCCGAGGCUCCUGCGAGAGCGGGAUCUUCUCCGUGGCCAACGAGGAGUUGUGUCCGAUGCGCGGCGGCGGCGGGCGCGCGUGCGGCGCCGUGUGCCCGUGCUCGCUCGUGGGCUGCCACCGCUGCUGGUGGUGGCGCCGCGACGCGUCCGAGCGCGGCGCCGACGAGGCGGCGGGCGGCGCGGGCCCGCAGCGCGCCACGCUGUGCGGCGAGUGCGUGCGCGCCUACGACCGCGCCCUGGACGCGCGCGCCCCGCGCCCGCGCGCGACCAACGACGACGGAGCGGCCCCCGCCGCCGACGAGCCGCGCGGCCUCGACGACUCGCCGUUCCUGUGCGGCCGGCCCGACGCGUCGCAACCGGACUCGGACGCGUCCGACUCCGCGGAGUCGGUGCUGUGCGAGUAUCACAUCCUGAGCGCGUGCUGCUGCGCGGAGCGCGCGGGCUGCCCGGACGGCGAGGACGAACCCGGCUCGACGCUAGCCCGCCCGCCCCCGCACGCUCUGUCGUCCUGCAAGCGCACGUCUAGCGUGUACACGGACAGCUCCGAGGACGUGGCUUCGCUGGCCGGCUCGGACAGCCUGUUCUGCGACGAGCGGGUGCCGCGACACGUGCGCUCCGCGCAGAUCAGCAAGAUCGUCGAAUACUUCGAGCGGAAGGGCGCCGACUUCACGUGCGAGCGCUCGGCUCGGGGCCACUCGCGCUUCCGCCUCAGCGCGGCGGGCGAGACGAGGCGCGCGGCGCGGGACGAGGCGGCGCGAGACGAGGCGGCGCGCGACGAGGCGGUGCGGGACGAGGCGCCGCGCAAGGCGGGCGCGCACACGCAGCAGCGCCUGCAGGUGUGCGAGGGCGCCGUGCGCUCCAAGCUGCCGCUGUUCGACAAGAAGACGUAG